ACAAAUCAGAAGAGACGCUGAGUUGAUGUGCUGUGAGAGAACGCCCCCUUGUUUGUGAGGGAAGAACAGCAGUGGCUAGUUCACCGUUGGAGAGGGAAUUGAAAGUUGGUUGUGGUUCAGCACACUCUGCCAGCAGUUCAAGAGGUCUAUGGUCCAGAGUUAAACUGAGACCAUGAAGGGCUUGGAGCUGCUGCUGUUGUCUCUGCUGCUUAUCCUAAAAGAUGUAAGUGCUCAGUGGAAUGUGUGGAUGCCUAGAGACAUUUCAGCCAUGACAAACUCCUGUGUGGUUAUACCUUGUUCAUUCACAUACCCCUCCGGGGUCAGGCCUUACAGAGGGGUCCACGGGAUCUGGUAUUUCGGCCACCCCUACCCCCAGCUUUUCCCACCAGUGGUGUUCAAGUCACGCACAGAUAUCGUUCACGAAAGUUACAAGGGACGGACCAAACUCCUUGGCGACUUGACACAAAAAAACUGCACACUGCUGAUAAAUAAUGUUGGUGUGGAACAUUCUGGGAGGUAUUACUUCAGGGCAGACCUGGGUGGUGCAAACAUCUACACUUAUCCUGACUUCACAAAACUACAGGUGUUAGAUCAGCCCAACAUCGAUGUUCCAGAGGAGAUUGUUAGUGACCAAAGCCUGGACUUGACCUGUUAUGUCCCAGACAAUUGUCCAGACAUGAGUCCACAGAUCCACUGGAUGUACACAGACUACCUGCCCGACCCUGUUUUCACCCCUGACAAUGUUGAGGAGAGCAACACCGCGGUACUGUCCAGCACCCUCACCUUCACACCCAAACCCAUGCACAACGGCCAACUGCUGGGCUGCCGGGUUCACUACGAAAACACCACCUUCAUCUAUGAGCGCCUCAUUUCACUGGACAUCAAAUACGCCCCUCGAACUGUGUGGGUGAAUGUGUCUCAAGAGGUAAUGGAGGGAAGCUCGGUGGUCCUGCACUGUGAUGUGGACAGUAAUCCAGCACCCACAAUUACUUGGUAUUUUGGAGACAAAGAGCUGAUGUCAGAAGUUGCUUCAAACUCUUCGCUGCCUCUGGACAACCUGACUCCAGAGGAGGAAGGUGUCUAUACCUGCGUUGGUGACAAUGGCUAUGGCAGCAUGAACACAUCCAUGUAUCUGGCAGUAAAUUAUCCUCCAAGGGAGCCAUGGAUCAAUGAAUCUCUGACAGUGUUGGAGGGAUCUUCAGUUUCUCUACAGUGUAACAGCAAAGGAAACCCAAUGCCCACAUUGACCUGGCUGAAGGAUGGGGAACUGGUGGGAACCAUCACAGCAGAGGAGGGGUCCGUGCUUGAGCUGCACGAAAUCACGCCGCAGGCUCACGGAGUCUACCGCUGCCUAGCCGAGAAUGAACACGGACGGGCCAGCAACUCACUUAACAUUACGGUAGAAUUUGCCCCCGUUCUGCUUGACGACUCAAAGUGCACCAUAGUCCGUGAGGGAGUUCAGUGUGUGUGCAUUGCCUCUGGAAACCCUGAGCCUGCGAUUGAAUUCUACCUGCCUGACCUCAACAUCACCAUCAACGACUCCAACAACGUGUUUAACUACCGCACAUACUCCGAUGGGUACACGUCCACGGGCAUCAUCAAGCUCCAGGACAAGGGUGAAAGGGGAAACAAUGGUGAUACCGCUGUCCAUGUGCACUGCAGCAUCAGCAACAUGUACGGCUCCGAGACCAUCCGCUUGGAACUGCAGCAGGAGAAAAAAUUCAUGAUGGCUGUCAUAGUGGGGACUAUCGGAGGUGUGGCGGUCAUCGCAUUCAUCAUCGCAGCUGUAAGAUACGUGGGUCAGAAUAAUAAAAAAGAGAAUGGUAACCCUGGGCAGGACGUGGGAUCUAAAGUGGAGAAUCCCUCAAUGUUCUACAGCGCAGUCAAGAAGGACAAACAGAGUCUCAGGAAAAAAGUGCUUAAGACUGAGCUCCUGGGCUCAAAGUUUAACUCCAUCCUAGAGGAAGGCACGGGAGACGACAGUGAUUACCAAUCUGUUGGCCCGAUUGCAGGCAUGGAGAGGCAAGAGCUGAAUUACGCCGCCCUAGAGUUUCUCCAUGGACGACACCGGGAGGGAGGCUUCAGGAGGGCUGAUGGUGACGGCAGCGACUACACUGAAAUUAAGGCUAAAUGAACCGCGAUCCUUCCCUGAUGCCUCGGCCAAACGGGACACGGUGGCCACUAGGGAUCAAUAAUUCCCCCCGCCUUGCAAAUUUCCCAUUUCACUCAUACUAAAUGUGGCCUUUUCAAGGGGACAACUGUCUCGGACAGUUAGCGGACAAUGAGUCUUGUUUUAGAUUUCAGGAUUCUGGGAAUGAUUUGUUUCCCUAUCAGUAAAAGAUAGUGUACAAUGGAGUUUCUUUAUAUAUUUAUUAAUGUUUUUGCUUAUUUAUACCCAUUAUUGACUGUAACCAUACCAGAUAUUCUGUCUCUUAGUCAGAAAUGAGAGAUUUUUUGUAUUCUCCUAGUUUAAAAGACAAUACUUUCCAAAAGGAAGGGUCUUAGAGCAGUGGAGCUUAAAGGAAAUGGUAUGGUUUGCAGGUGAGUCUCAGUCACUAGUGGUCCUUUUCACUGUGUCCGCUGUAAGUCGAAGCAUCAGGGAACGAGGUGCUAUGUGCACCUCGACAUAAUGUAUAAGCACUAUCCCAACUCUGGGUUUGUCUGAGAGGACUAACACUCUCUUAAAUGCAGCGGUUGUUUCAGUCUUCUCCUGAGUGUACCAGUCUACAUGCACAUUCCUAUAUUCAUCCGCUGAUACUUUUAUCACAUACCCAGAAGUGAUUGUUAAAGGGAUAGUUCACCCAAAAAAUGAAACCCCUUAUUUUGUUCCAAAUGCAUGUCGCAAGAAUCAUUUAGUUCUUUUAUUACAGUUCAUAGUGACCAAAAGUAGCAUGAAACACCUUGUGUUCUAUUUUCAAAGAGUUCUAAAGCCAUCGUCGACAUCAGUGGUGAGAAAACAUUGGAAUGUGAUGUCAUUUAAAAAUUUAAAAUUGUAAAAAUUUAAAUAUUGAGUUGUAAAUAGAAACAUACAGGUUUCUUACAAGGUGCUUAAAGUGCUUGAAUUUGACUUUUUGAGUUUUAAAACCUGGAAAACUUUUGAAAAUGGCAAUAUUCAAUAUAGAGGUACUUGAAAAGGUACUUGAAAUUAAGCGAGCCAUUUACGCUGGAGCCGCUCCGAUUAAUUUAAGCUCAUGACUUCGAUCAUUCAUUUCAAGCGAUUUGCCAGGAAAAAUUAGAUCAAAUUAAAGGAGCCAUUCAUUUUUUAAUUUCAGCAUCGCUUUUAAUUAUUUUCAAGGAGCUUUUUGAAACUCCAAAUCAGUUAAACCAUUGUGUCACAAAAUGAGUCACUGAUUCAAAGCACUCAAAUCGGAUCACGUAUCGCAAAUCAUUUGAUUCAGAUUGGGAUUUCGGAGCAUGUUUAUAAAUCAUUCCGUAAAUAAAUGAUUCACGAUCCACGCUCCGAGUCCUAAUUUGAAAUGAUGGUUCGCCACUUCAUGAAUCAUUUAAUUUAGAUCGGAACUUCGGAGGGGGUUUGUGAGUCUUUUGCUUCAGAUCAGAACUUCGGAGCACGGAGUGCGAAUCAUUUGGUUUAGAUCAGAACUUUGCAUAUCUAUUUCUCUUUUUUUCAUUUGAAAGAUAACAGAUUGUUUGAUAAGUGAGAUGGGAAUUUCGGAGUGGGUUCAUGAAUCUUUUGCUUCAGAUCGGAACUUUGGAGCAUGGAGCGCGAGUCAUUUGGUUUAAAUCAAAACAUUGCUUAUCUAUUUAUCUUUUUUUAGAAUUCGAAAGAUAACGCAUUGUUUGAAAAAUUAGAUCUCCGAAGCCCUUGAAAAUCAAAAAAGUAGUGCUUGAAAAGUCCUUGAAAGUCCUGGAAUUUCAUUUUACAGUAUCUUUACAAGCCCUGGACAUAUAAGAAGAUGUUUUGAAGAAUGUUGGUAACCAAACAAUUGCUGGGAGCCACUGACUUCCAUUCUAUGGAGAAAAAAACAAAACAUGGAAGUCAAAGGCUACUAUCAAUUAAAAUAUUUUCUUGUGUGUGUUCAGUAGAACAAAGAAACUUAAACAGGUUUGGGACAACAUAAGAUGAACAAAUGAUGACAAAAUUGUAAUUUCUGGGUGAACUGUUCCUUUAAAUUAAUUUUUUUAUUUUUAAUUUAUACUGUAUCUUCAUUUAUUUGUAUUUGUAAAUGAAAACAGGCCAGUAACUGGAUUCAAAACUGGUUUAUUGAAUGGUUGCUGGAUUUUGUUUGUCCCAACUACUUUGUACCCUUUUAUUCAGACAUGUAUUUCUUUUUAAUAUGUUCCAAAUGCAUUAAGGAGCAAAAUCACCCUGUUAUUAAUUCAGCCAAUCUGGUAGGAUGUAGUAUAUGAUAA